GACGGUAAACACACAUUUAUGCUUUUUAAAACCUGGACUUGGGAAUUCGCUGAACCUCUUUUUUUAAAAAAAAAUCUUUUCUACCCCACAGCCCAGGAAGUGCUCGAUAAUUUGAAAGAUCGCUGGUACCAAGCCGACAACCCGCCGGCCGAUCUGUUGCUGAACGAGGAAGAAUUUUUGUCUUUCCUUCAUCCGGAGCACAGCAGAGGAAUGCUGAAAUUUAUGGUCAAGGAAAUCGUCCGGGAUUUGGAUCAGGACGGCGAUAAGAAGCUGACUCUUUCCGAGUUCAUUUCCUUGCCGGUUGGCACGGUCGAAAAUCAACAAGCCCAGGAUGUGGACGACGACUGGGUGAAAGACCGAAAGAAGGAGUUUGAGGAAGUCAUCGAUGCCAACCGUGACGGUAUCGUUACCAUGGAAGAGUUGGAGGAGUACAUGGAUCCCAUGAACGAGUACAACGCCUUGAACGAAGCCAAGCAGAUGAUCGCCGUGGCAGACGAGAACCAAAAUCACCACCUGGAGCUGGAGGAGAUCUUGAAAUACAGCGAGUAUUUCACCGGCAGCAAGUUGAUGGACUACGCGCGGAACGUCCACGAGGAAUUCUGAAGGCACGGAGCCCUCGGGUCCCCAUCGCGCCGCCUCGUUUCCCCCCAAACACAACACGCGUUUUCCUUUUGCUGCUGGGUCUGUUGUGUUCUGUGCAUCUAUACAGUGUGGUGUUCUGGACUUUUUUCCUUUCAAAAGCCCCGUCCGUGUACACUUAAAAUAAUGCCAAAUGUUUUUUUUUCCUGAACUUGCCAGGAUAGAAUCUGGACACGUUCUUGAUUUUUUGCAGUGCCGGUUGAACAGCAUUCACUACGUUCUCCGAAGACUCCCUGUUCCGAUCCUUUGGUUUUUUUUAAUUGGCGAACACCACAGGGGAAAGCUGGCAAAACCCUGGUCCUUGAUCCCUGGAGAGGGAGGGAAGGAGGGAGGAAGGAGGGAUAUGUUAAUUUUAAUAUCAAGUUAAAUCAUGGUGCGGUUGUGUAGCUCUUGUGAUUGCUUGAAAAAGAAUGUUUCGGAAAACAUCGAUUCGCUGGAAACUG